AUGUUUGGGUUGUUAAUAAGUCAGUUAAUUAGUAUAAAUUGUGAGGUUGUGUAUGAUUUUGGUUACAGUGCACAGUAUAAUGUAGAUGUAUUAAAUCAAAGUUUUGAAAAUAAGUUUAAAAUUCUUAGUUAUUUACGUGGACAUUAUCCUUCAAUGUAUUUACAUUAUCGACAAAAACAAUUAUUAGUUCCUUAUAAAAGAGGUAUAAAGAAUCUAUCGGUAGAUCAACAAGAACAGCUUAAAUCUUUAGAUGAUUAUUUACUUGAUACUAAUCAAAUAUUUGAUAAAUUAGAAGAUAAAUUACUAAGUGAUAUUUACAUGAUUUCUUAUGAGUAUCUUAAAAGAAAUGGUAAAGUUGAUCAAACAAUAAAGAUUCCAUUAGAAAUGAAUCCCGAAGAGAUAAAAGUUUUAAAAGAUAAUCCAGAUUUAAAUUUCGAAUUACCUGAAAAGUAUAAUAUUGAAAUUUUUAAAUAUAUUAAUGGAUAUGCUGAUUUUUUAUUAAAAGAUUUAAUUGAAGAGUUAUUUAAAAAAUAUCCAGAAUAUAAAACAAAAGAGUUAGUCAGUGAGUUAUUUGAAUCUUUUAGAUAUUUAGAUUUUAUUAAUAAGGAAGAAAAGAGUGUUAUAUCACCAUCUGAUAAUCUUUCUCUUUUGAGGGAUGUAAUUGAAACUAAGUUUCUUUCGUUGUAUUUUAAUAAUUUUAAAGGAUUUAUGACAGCUGGAUUGUUUGUUUUAAAUGUAGAAAAAAAUUUAAACAAUACUGAGAUUCUUAGAACUAUUGACAAGGAAGUUAUACUAAAUUUUCCUAAAUUAUAUGCAGUUAAAAUAGAUGAUACGUAUCAGAAUGAAAUUUUCAAAUUUGCUUAUUAUCUUAAAGAAGCAUUUUUAUGUUGCUAUGAUUUAGUUACUAACAAAGAAGUUGAUGAAUCUAAAAUUUCUAAGAUUAAAAAUGAUCUUUAUGAUGAUAAAUGUAAAUAUUAUGAAAAAAGAUCACCUAUAAAACAAGAACAUAAAGAAAUUACUUAUGACGCUUUUCAAAAAAAUUAUCAAAUAGAAAUAGUUGAUAGCAUGAUUCAACUUGUUUCGUUUUUUAUUGAAAUUGCUGAUAAAAAAAUUGAUCAUUUACUUUAUGAUGUUUGGGAUAAAAUUUAUAAAAAAUUAAUAGAAGAAUUUAAAGACAGUGAAUAA